AUGGCCGAAGUUGCUGACAAGACUUUUCUCAUAUAUUUGAGUAUUUCCAGAGCAUCAAAUAGAAAAUUCGGUUUUGUUCGAGCAGCCUCUCUGACGGUACAACAUAAAGAGAUCGAUUUAUUAACCAUUAAAGCACACAGGCAGGCUUCGCACUUGACCCAUGCCAUUGACGUCCGCUACCAGCAAGGACCAAGAUUCGGGGCCUUUAGGCCGAAAGAGGGGGAGAGGAUCUCCCACAAGACCAGGCUUUACCACCAACAGGGCUUCUCUCGUCAUGUCCUAGCGGAAACAUUGAUCUGCCCGCCGGAAAGCUAUAGAGAAGAGGAGAAUCACCCACGCAGACCGAGCAGCGCGCUUGAGUCUGGCCAAAAUCCUUGGACAGGUUGGCAUAUGGCCAUGUUGUACGUGGAAGGAAGUGCAGAGAAGCUCGAAGCUGCCCUUCAGCAAAGUCAGCUACUAGAGAGGCUGUUGCGGGCUCAUGAGAUUGAGAGUCCAUGCUUUGGGGACCUCGAAAUACAUGCCAACAAACGUCACCGAGCUGCUCUGUCACCCGAUGAGAACAAAGACCAUGGUAACUUCGGGAAGAAUACCCGCGAUCGCGUGACAUCCUUCGCUCAUUACACCCUUGAAGUACGCGACCGCCGCAAAGAAGGGGGCACGCACUUGGGAGACGUCCUGCGUCAUAUCAGCGCUGGGAACAUGUGCCUAUUCGGACCAGCCUUGACACUAUUGGAACCCGCGUCAGAGUUUCCCCUUACAUUUUACGAAGUUGUGCUUCUGGCAAGAAAACUUGACACUCUCUAUAAAAUGGCUCUUUCUUUCUGUGUCAAAGGCGACAAACCACCUGAGAUAUAUGAUACAGCUUCCAACCAUCCCUUUCCGAUCGAUAAAAUUGCGCAGCUCGCCCGAAGAACUAUUCUCAAGGCGGAUGGAGACAAGCUUCGCACCCCGGGGCAGGUCAAACGCUUCCAACGCUAUCCUGACCUCCAUCUUACCAUCACCGGGAUAUUCUUCAAGAACAGUAGGAUGACGUGGUUGAAGUUUGCUGAGUGGCGCGCCGGCAGCAUAGGAAAUCUUCUAAAGAAGAGUACGGGAUAUGUAUGGACUUUCCGUAACGGAAUUUCAACCAUAAGGAUUCGAUUUGGCGGCCGCGACCAACGUAAAGCGGAUGACGAUGAAUCAGCCUCCAAGGGAGUCAGCCUAGCCGUUAGUUUGACAAAGAGACUUCGCGAAGUCGCUCUCGAUGAAUUCAUUGACCGUGUAUAUGAAGACUCGGAUAUAACAAAGGAAGACAGCCGUGGAGUCGACAGGGUUCCGAUCGCAAACCAAAUCCUCGGCAGGAUACACAGCCGAAGUCUCAUCUUUGCUGAGAAAAGCUUGCCCAAGACGUCUGGUAUGACUAGUAGACUUCACCUCUACGAUACAUCACCAUCGACCUCUGCCAUAUGUCUGUUCCGCCAGAAGAAAGAGAGCUUCAAGAAUCUGCGCCAUGAUUUCGAAUGGAACAGUCACAACUUGACGCGCGGGUGCAUCGCCAAGGCCCUCCAACAGAUCAUGAUGGCCCAGGAUGCCAAUAGGGUGAAAAGAGCGAUAGGAGGGGCCCUAAACAACCUGUUCCUUCCAGUGAUUGCUUACUCAGAAGAGGAACUUGGUACGGUACACAAGCCAAGUCAGGCAAAGGUCCAACAGAGCUGUGGAAAGCGGAGCGUCACGAGGGAUGCAGUCCAAGUCCAUAAACAUCAAGGACGCAGAAGCCACAAGUCACUGGCCAACAAUAAAGUCUCACAAACGCAAGUCACACCUUACGUUCAUCUCAAGUUUCACGCGAAGUCGAAAGAGAACCAGGGGGUGUCGGAGACUCAAAUCGCACCAAACCUCAUCCCCAUUUGA